AUGGUCGCCGUGCGUGGCCCGGACUGGCGCAGACAGCGGCUUCGAAAGCUCUGCAGGCAACACCGCAGGCGAAAGGCCUCACGGGUGCGAGAGCGGUGGACGGAGAGCCUGGAGCUUGUCGGAGACUUGGCACCGCAAGGCGUCGACUGGAGCUACCCACUCUUUCAGGAGGACUGGCGCUGCUUUGCAGGCUACUUGCCGGAAGCCUUGUCUUAUAAAACCCGAGCUCGAUUUUUCCGGCUGGUGCACGAGGGGACGGAGUGGUUGCAGCCCAGCGGCCGUUGGGGACCCCUGCCCCUCAAGACCGCAUGGAUGUGCAGAAGCCCCUGUGCUUGCAAGUAUCGCUAUGGCGGCGCUGAGGUGUUGCCCGCACCCUUUCCAGACUGGAUGGAAGAGGUGAUGUCGGUAUGCAUGCCGCUUUGCGGCCUCCCGUCACACCAGUGGCCCAACAGCUGCAAUCUGAACUUGUACAUGGAUGGCCAGCAUUCUGUGGGCUGGCAUGCAGACAACGAAGCCUUGUUCCAGGGCAAGGUGAGGGACUGUCGGAUCAUUUCGCUUUCCUUGGGGCAGAGCCGGCGCUUCGAGCUCCAGUGCGACCAAGACUUUCAUCGCCUUUGCCUCAGCGAUGGCGACCUCUGCACGAUGGAGGGCAUGACCCAGAAGCAUUACAAGCAUCGCGUGCCAAAGGAGAUGGGAAGGAAGGUCGGCGCCCGAAUCAACCUCACCUGGCGAUGGAUCGUCCAGCAUUGCGACUGGGUUCUUGUUAAGGGGCAUAAUUUAAGUUACCAUAAUGAAGAAACCGUAUCAUUUACUAUAGAUCCCUGCUAUGCUUAA